GCAAACCGGAGCUGCAGGCAGAGCCGAGCACACCUGGAGCAUCGCCCCUGCUCUGCCUGGCUGCCGGCCAGCGCCGGCCAGGCUACGGGGCUCCUACGGCACCGCACACCGCACCCCGGCACGGGUCUCAGCACGGAGCUCACAUCCCCAUCCCGCCCUGCCAUGGCUCCAGGGCUGGAGUUGGCACUGGACUGAGCCAGGCACGUGAGUGCCGGGCAGUCACUGGACGCCUCGCCGCGCCACGCAGCCCUCCCCGGACGAGGGGACCCUGACCGCCCGAGUGCCAUCACAUCCCCGGCCAUGCCCCAAGCUGGGGACUUCCCACCUCGCGGCCCCCGGUGAGCGGGGAAGGAGCCCGAGCCUCCUCCAGGUCGGGUGACUCUGGUCUCCACCGGCCGCCAUGGAUUGGAAAACGCUGCAGGCGCUGCUCAGUGGGGUCAACAAGUACUCCACAGCCUUCGGCCGCAUCUGGCUCUCUGUGGUCUUUGUCUUCCGCGUGCUGGUCUACGUGGUGGCGGCGGAGCGUGUGUGGGGAGAUGAGCAGAAAGAUUUUGACUGCAACACACGGCAGCCAGGCUGCACCAACGUCUGCUACGACCACUUCUUCCCCAUCUCCCACAUUCGCCUCUGGGCCCUACAGCUGAUCUUUGUCACUUGCCCUUCCCUCCUGGUCAUCAUGCAUGUGGCCUACCGGGAGGACCGCGAAAAGAAGAAUCGGGAGAAGAACGGGGAGAAUUGCCCUAAGCUCUACAGCAACACGGGCAAGAAGCAUGGUGGGCUGUGGUGGACCUACCUGCUCAGUCUCUUCUUCAAGCUUAUCAUAGAGAUCCUGUUCCUCUACCUCCUCCACAAGAUGUGGGACAGCUUCGACUUGCCAAGGCUGGUCAAGUGCUCCAACGUGGAGCCCUGCCCCAACACUGUAGACUGCUACAUCGCUCGGCCAACCGAGAAAAGAGUCUUCACCUAUUUCAUGGUCGGAGCCUCCUCCAUCUGCAUCGUCCUCACCGUCUGUGAGAUCUUCUACCUCAUCUUCAAGCGGGUUGUGCGGAGCACGCGGAAGUGGAAGAACUCCACCAAGCGCUCCGUCAGCUACAGCAAGGCCUCCACCUGCCAGUGCCACCUCAAGACGGAGAAGGACAAGUCCCAGACUAGGUGUGUGGCAGCUCUGCGGGCCUCGGCUCCCAAUCUGAGCGCAGUCUGA